AUGUCAUAUGCAGAAUUGGAUGAAAGCAGUACUGACGACGAGAGUUUUGAGAACUGCCACCUAACAAUUGCAAUGGAUAAAUCAUCGAAGAAAGUUUCAAAGUCCAAAGUUUGGAGGUGUUCUCGCAAAGGCCAACCUCAGACAAGUUUGAACGUAUUUCACCGUCAUGCGCGGCAUACAGAACCGCACCAGCCGUUACUGGUGUUGGAUCCAGCUGCCCUCCAAGACGAGGCAAGAAUGACGCCGUUCGCUGGCACUCUCAAUAUAGAGAACUCUGAGGUACAUGUUGGCCCUGAUGUAACCACGAUUAACAAUACGAUUUACGAACCUGUUAUGGAAGAAAUACCACCUAGCUGCCUGAGAAAGACAACUGUCUUUGAGAGGGUGUCAUUUUCUAUAAUUUCUCUUCUCAUACUUUUCUGCACUGGCCUGGGAAUCUACUACUUAAUUUUAUCACAAGUUCGUGAUGAUCAACUGUACGAUCCAAAAACAUUUUACGUCAGUCGCGCUAAGUGGAUGGCUUCUCCCGUCAUCCCACAUAACAAUAUUUCGUUCAGGAAACAGUACCAGCCGGCGCAGCUGGUCAUUAUUCAGAAUUCAAUUACCACCGCUUGCCACAACUACGUCGCGUGCUGCGAAGCAAUGCGAUUGGAGCAACGCAUAAAAAUACGCCUUAAUGAAGACACACCGUAUAAUUUUUUUAUUGGCAACGACGGGCUCGUGUACGAAGGCAUGGGGUGGCUCUACCAAGGCACCCACAGUGAGCAGUUCGACCCUUGUGUUAUCAGUAUCGGAUUUAUUGGGGAUUAUCGAGAAGAAAUAUUGGGGCAUGACACAGUAACAGAGUCGCAAAUUAACAGAACCUUAAUGCUACUAGAUUACGGUGUCAGGAAUGCUUACCUCCACCCUGACUAUCGGAUAUUGGCUGCUAAAGACUACAAAGACACUAGCAGUCCCGGCUCCAACCUGUAUAAUGUAAUAAAGACAUGGGAACACUACGACAGUGAUCUUGAAUACAGUACAUUGACAUGCGAACUUAUAUAUGGAUUGAAAUUUACUGAUGAGGCUCCUCACGAGUGGCGAAUUUCCCGCAAUAUGUGGGAAGCUAAGCCUUUCAACAAUACCGAAUGGUCCCCAAUAGUCCGUCCCAUACGACUGAUAAUCAUUCAAAAUUCGGAUACCAGCGAAUGCCACUACUUUUCCAUCUGCAAAAUCAAACUACAAAAACUGCAAAAGUACUUCAAUUAUCAGAACGAGGAUAUACCGUACAACUUUAUAGUCGGAAACGACGGUCGCAUUUACGAAAGCAGAGGCUGGGCAGUGCAAGAUAUAGCGAACAGGCAGUACAAAACUUGUGCCAUAGGCAUUAGCUUUCUUGGUAAUUACGACGAAGAAAAUUUAAGACCUACAAAAUUAACUAAAGCCCAGAUGAAUCGCACUCUCCUUCUGCUAGAAGAAGGCCUAAAAGAUGGUCACCUUCACCAGGAUUUCGUGAUAGUAGGAGCAAAAGAUUUGAUACUUACUGAAAGCCCUGGCAGUCAACUGUACAGAGCUAUACAAAAAUUAAAACGAUCCAACAUCGACAAGCGUCCGUUGGCAACGGACGGAGCAGCAGGCGGCAUGGCGUGUCGUUAA